GUCAACUGCCGCUGGAGAGCAGUGUGCAUCUCACCCCGUGUUGUACUACUCAUCAACCCCCAUUUUUUCGCUCGUGUGAGAGUGACCGUCAAUCAUCGAAGAUGAAAAUAUUCAAUUUCUAAUAGUAAAAAUUAAUCAACGAAGAACGUGCGUCAUGUGAAAAGAUAAAAAAAAGAAAAAAACACCAUAACGAACAGGACUUUUAAAGGGAGGAAAAUAAUAAUAGUAGUAGGAGGAAGAGAUCGUGAAAGAGAAAGCUGAAGAAGGAUUACUUUUAUUCGUGUUAGAAAACUGUGCAGUUCUUCUUACUAUAUAUAUAUAUAUACAUAUAUAGAUAUAUCUAUAUAUCGUUUACCGUUUGUUUUUUUUUUUCUUCUUUUUAUGCUUUUCCCUCGUCGUCGUCGUCGUCGUCGUUGCUUUGCCAAAAGUGCUUUUUCCCUUUCUUUUUGGUUGGUUGUACGAUAGUUGUGCGGGUUUUUUUUUUAUAGAAAAAGUACUUGGAAAGUAACGUUAGGUAUCGAGGAUGUAUCGAUGCUGCUGUUGUUACUGGUCUUACUACUUCGUGGAUACUACUAACCAGACGACGUCGUUCGAAUGUGCAGGAUCGUUUGUAUCGGACGCAGGUGAAGCAUGAGGGAACUCCUCGUAUCCUGGACGUAAUGAUGCAGAGAGCGGUGCUACUGCUCUGUUGGCUGCCGUUCCUAAACCACUGCUACGCCGUAAAUCCAGGUUGCAAAUGUGUGAAGUAUAGCAGUACGGAUAGACCAUUGGGUGGUACAUUUAUGACACCUUAUUUUCCAAGAAGAUAUCCACCUAGCAUCGAUUGUCUUCUUUACACGUUCACCGGUCACCCAGACGAGAUCGUAGAAUUAACAUUUCAUCAAUUUAACAUACAUCGAGUUAGAUCCGAUUGUACCAGGGGUGACUUCGUAAAGGUAUUCCUUCAUUUGGAAAACGAAGGAGUCUCGGAAUAUACACCCUGGUCUGGAAUUUUGUGCGGCGAAUUACGCGACAUCCCUCAAAUUUUGUAUAGCUCGAGAUCUACCCUUAUACUAGAACUUCACACCGAGUUAUCUUCCUCAAAUGCUACGGGCUUUUCCGGAACUUUUCGCUUCAUCGACAGACAUAGCGCGCGUUGGUAUGAGUAGGAAGAAGAGAUGGGAAGGGAAGGGAAAGGGAAUGAAGGAAGGAAGGAAGGAAGGAAAGGGAAGGAAGCGAAGCUGUGAUUAAGCGUGUAUAAUUUAAAUGUAAUUUCUGCCUUCAUGCCGACGAGUUUUAAUCAAACGUAUAGAAGAUAAAAGGAAGAAGGAAGGAAGGAAGGAAAGAAAGAAACAAAAAAAAAAAA